ACACAAUAUGAAGCUUCAAGGUCGCGUCUGGGAAAUUUCACAUCUACCAAUCCAAGAGCGCGCGCCAAACAGCAAGGCUGCAACCGUAGUAUCAGCCCUCGAUUGACAAAAUUCAAUAUCUUCAAUUUCAACUGUCGAAAAGAAAAAGUAAAAAAACUUAUAUACAACGACAACUAUUGUCAAACUCGUCACUGCUCGUGCACCACAAGCGAAGCUAUCAUCGACCUGUGUUUGGUCAUUUCUAGCAAAGAUGAUGCACCCAUCACGGCAGGCGUACGUCGAGGAUGCCGAGCCUCAAGGAAUCGCAUUAGAAGAUGUCCCCGAUGAUCAUGACUACGAUAUUCCAAUGGGCGGAACAGGUGUUCCUUCUGAAAAGGCUUCCGCAAUCCUCAGUCAAUUCAAUCGCAAACGCCUAGCAGCAACGAUAGCAGUCCCUACCGAUGAUACUCGAGUCCGCGCGAAGCUUCGGGAGAUGGGUGAACCAGUCACGCUAUUCGGAGAGGCACUUGUUGAUCGUCGGGAUCGACUACGGGAACUUCUUACCAUCCAGGCAGAGAUGACAGGGUUGGAGAAUGGUGAUAUCACAAUGGAGGACGCUGGAGACCAGGAUCAAGAGGAGGAACAGGAGGAGGAGUUUUACUCAAGAGGUGGGCCUGAACUUCUACAGGCGCGGUUAAAGCUUGCUGAAUACUCUCUGCCGCGAGCCAAGAAGAGGGUUCGAUUUCAGAAAGCUGAAUCUACGAUCCCUCUACGCACCCAAGUCAAGUUUCGCAAACAAGUCAAGGAGAGAUUACAAGCAUUUGAGCUCCAGGGCAGUCAGACGGUUGGCGAACGUCAUGUCAGCAUGACUCGCAUAUCUCCCAACGGCGAGUUGGUCGCUGUAGGCAACUGGGGUGGGCAAGUCAAACUGGUCGAAAUACCAAGCUUGAACCAAAAGACAACCUUCCGCGGUCACACCAACAAGAUUAGCGGUUUAUCUUGGUUUCCCGGAUCUACCUUGCCAGAACACAACGUUUCCCCUGACGCCGUCAACCUUGCGUCAGGCGGUGCUGAGGGUUCGAUUCAUUUAUGGUCUCUGAACCAAGAUACUCCCCUGUCCACACUUGAAGGACAUUCACAGCGAGUGUGUCGUAUCGAGUUCCAUCCCUCUGGACGUUAUCUGGCCUCUGCUUCUGAGGAUACUUCGUGGCGCCUCUGGGAUGUCGAAACAACUGCAGAGGUUCUCCUUCAAGAAGGCCACUCAAGAGGUGUCUACGCUGUCAGUUUUAACACUGACGGAUCCUUACUUGCGAGUGCUGGUCUGGACAGCAUAGGUAGAAUCUGGGACUUGCGUUCCGGACGUACCGUUAUGAUCCUGGAUGGACAUCUGGACGGACACAUAAAACCCAUCCAUGCGCUGGACUGGAGCUCUGAUGGACACAGGGUACUAUCUGGCUCAGCUGAUGGCUGGAUCAAGUGUUGGGAUGUUCGAAAGGUGCAAAGGACAGGCGGUAUUGGUGCGCACACCAGUGCUGUCUCUGAUAUGCGUUGGUUCAAAGGUCUCGACGACCCUCUCACUGGUGUUCCACCUGGUGUGGAUGAGAAGGGCGCGCAGCUACCUAAAAAGUCGGGCACCUUCUUCGUGUCAAGCGGCUUUGAUAGAAAUGUCAAGAUCUUCUCGGCAGACGACUGGACACUAGUGCAGACGCUCAGCGGCCAUACAGGCCCAGUUGCCAGCGUCGACUAUAGCAGGGAUGGCAAGUGGAUUGUCAGUGGAGGCCAUGAUCGCACAGUCAAACUAUGGGGUCGCAAUGAUGGCGAGGGAGUCUAACGUCAGGGCAUCACUGAUGAAGGAUGAAUCUGGGUAGAACAAGACAAACAAAAGCUACUAUGAGAUACCCCAAAAAAAAUCAUAAUAAUAGGUAGCCAGAAUAAAUAAGAACCAAAGAAUGAACAAACAAUCAAGCACCAAUAGUCCAACAAUCAUCCAAAAAUGGGC